ACUUCGAAAUGGCGCGAUAUUACGAAAUGUCUGUCAGUGAUUUAUGAUGUUCAAGUGUUUGCCAAUCAUAGGACCUUGUGGUCGACAUAUAGAUCAUAUUGAUCGACGUCAUUCAAAGCUUGAACAAGUUCCAGAUGAUGUAAUAAGAAAUUUUCGUACUUUAGAAGAGUGUCGUUUAGAUGCCAAUCAAAUCAAGGAAUUACCAAAGAACUUUUUCCGCCUGAAGCGCAUUCGUCUCCUCACACUGAGUGACAAUGAGUUAACACGCUUGCCAACUGGAAUUGGCAGCUUCUCUAAUCUUGUGGAGUUGGACAUUAGUAGAAAUGAUAUAUCUGAGCUUCCUGCUAGUAUUCGGUUCUGUGAUUCUUUACAGAGUUUGGAUGUAAGCAAUAAUCCUUUGCAAAGCUUACCUGCUGGUUUCUGCCAGUUGCGCAAUCUUCGAGUUUUAUGUCUUAAUGAUAUUUCGAUUGCUGAGCUUCCAGAAGAAAUAGGCAGUUUACAGUUACUAGAAAAAUUAGAACUUCGUGAUAAUUGUCUCAAGUCAAUACCAGAUUCUUUCGCUGAUCUUAUUCAUUUGGAGUUUCUUGAUCUUGGUGCCAAUGAGUUUCAAGAGUUGUCUCCCGUAAUUGGUCAGCUCUCUCGAUUGAGCGAAUUAUGGAUAGAUGAUAAUGAAUUGAGAUCAUUACCUGAAGAGUUGGGAAAUCUUGGGAAUUUGCAACAGUUGGAUUUAUCAGAAAACCUUAUUUCUACUCUGCCUGAAAGCAUCUCGGGAUUAGUUUCACUGUCGGACUUAAAUUUAUCACAAAAUAGCAUAACACAUUUACCAAAUGGCUUAGGUGAUUUAGACAAGUUGAUCAUUUUAAAGCUCAACCAAAAUCGACUGUUAACAGUAACACCAACUAUAGGAAACUGUUCCAGUUUACAAGAAUUAUAUUUAACUGAAAAUUUUCUUUCUAAACUCCCGUCUUCUAUUGGCAAUUUAGUCUCCAUGUUUCAUCUGAAUGUUGAUCAAAAUCAAUUGACUGAGUUACCCUCUGAGGUAUCUCGAGAAAAACCCGCCCACAGUACGGGAAGUGAUAAUCAUCCUCAUACCUCUAACAACAUUCAACACUGGUUGAUCUAUCAAGUUAAAAUUGGUCAAUGUGCAUCACUUAAUAUUUUGUCUCUUCGAGAAAAUAAUUUGCAUAGAUUACCUAAUGAAAUUGGUAAUUGUACACGUUUACGAGUUUUGGAUGUUUCUGGGAAUAGACUUGAUCGUUUACCGUUUAGUUUAUCAAGAUGCUCAUUGACAGCUUUAUGGCUUUCACAGAAUCAAUCUCAACCAGUUAUUACGUUACAAAGAGAUGUGGAUCCUGUUACUCAAGAACAGUAUCUCACAUGUUAUUUACUACCACAGGAUCAACUAGACUCACGUGUUGAAACUGAUCCAACUAUGUCGCCAUCCGAAUUAGAUAGCUUUUCUGCUUCAUUAAACGCCAACACUAAAACAAACCAUGAUUUACUUGACAAUAUCAGUGCUGAAAUAAAUCAUACCUAUGAGCCUGCAGAUAUGCAUAUAUCAAUUCCUCAGUCAGAUCUUUCAAAAAAUCGAAGUAUUUCACCAUCGAAACAUGAAUUGACUAAACCAUCGACUUCACCAUCAUCAACACUGAAUGAUAAUUCAGCAAUAACAAAUGAUCCUAGUUCAUUAAACAAUCAUCAUUCAAUUAAUUCUACAACUGAUCCAACAAAAAAUUUACCAUAUUCAAAUUCAUCUAUUAAUUCACCGUCAAAUGUAAAUGGUAAUUUAGAUUCAUCCUAUACAUCACCAAAUCAUAUAAAUAAUCUUUCUACCUCAUCUGCACAUUCAUCUCUAUCUAUGCAAACAUCUGCAUCAACUCGUGUUCAUUUCUCUGGUUCAGAUAAACCUGAUGAGAUGGAUAAAUCAGGUUCCAAAGGUUUUCCAAAAACACGUCAUCCCCGUUCCGGUAAAAAAGCUACGGAUAAUCAUCUUAUUAGUGGUAAAGAUGAUUCCAGUCAAUGCAGAAGUGCUAAUUUAUCUUCAAAUACAUUUUCUGAUGGCACCAGUUCUGCUAGUUCAUCAGAAUCUCUAAAUGAUGGAACUGCUCCAAUCUCACUGUCGGAAUCAUUAAAUCAUGAUUGGAAGUCUCCAAAACCUAUUGAUUCUAAUUUUAACUCUUCCAUUUAUCCAAAUCAAUUAAUGAAAUCGAAUGAUGGGAGUUCUGUGGUGACUAACGAUAAUCUUAUCUCCACCGUACCGACUGCCAAACCACGCAAUAAAUCUCAACAUGUUACAGAAAUGUUUGAUAAUAAACCUCCUCAAUCUUCUAAUUUUUUCAAUGAACACCCAGCGUCAAAAUCUCCUACAGAAAUAAGUAAACCUAAAAUUCCUAGCGAUACCGUAAUUAGGAUGGCCUCUGUAGAAGAUACUUCAGAUGCUCAUUCCACUCGUGGAUCUCCGGUGAAAAAAUUUCCCGAUACUUUGGACGUACAAGGGAAUCUUGAUGAAGAUGCCUAUAGUAGUGGAGGUGAAGAGAUUUACGUUAUUUCUAGACGAGUUGGAUUCACAGAUGAUGUGGAAGAUAAUGAAGAGAAAUCAAAUCAAAAACUUAUUCGACGUGAUACACCACAUUAUACAAAACGCGCUCGAAUUCAGUCAAAAACAGCUGAUGGGAUGGAUAGUGAAGAAGCAGUAUUGAAAAUUUUAGAAAAGUAUCGAGCAUCCGUUUCACCGAAUCCUGAUUCAAAUUCAAUUGAUUUUAACGGAGCUGUAAAACGAUUUGCCUCCCCAUUUGGUGGAUUAAGUCCUCCUGAUAUCCCAUUACAAAAUCGUGACUUGCAUUCUCCAUCAUCAUUACAUAGACAACCUGUUGUCGGUUGUCAACAAGAACAAGUUGAAGUUCACAUCCAUCGACAACCUAAUGCUGGUUUAGGUCUUAGCGUGGCUGGUGGAGUUGGGUCAAUACCAUUUCGUGGUUUAGAUCAUGGUAUAUUUGUUAGUCGAUUAAAUCCUACUGGAUUAGCUGCCACUUCAGGACUUAAACUUGGCGAUAAACUAUUAGAGGUUAAUGGUGUUAGUCUUAUCAAUGUCGAACAUAAUGUAGCUGUAUCUGCUUUACGUGCCAAUACAAAUUACUUCCGUAUUCUUGUUGGUCGUGAUAUUCAAAUGUCUACGAAAGUAGACAAUUAUAAAAUUAUCCCCCCUAUGUUAUCAGGAACAAAAUUGAACCUGUCGACUCAAUCACCACAGGUUACGGGAACUAUUAAUACCAAAGAAAUACCUGAAUUUAUUCACUGUACAUUACACCGAGAUUUAAAUGGUCUAGGAUUUAGUAUUGCCGGUGGUCAAGGCUCACUUCCUCCACCAUUAGAUAAUGAAGCUAUAUAUGUUAGUAAAAUAACAGAAGGUGGAGCCGCUCAUAAACAAGGCCAACUUCGAAUUGGUGAUCAAAUUAUUAGCAUAAACGGUGUCGAUAUUAGAAACGCUCGUCACGAUGAAGCUAUUUCGUUGUUAACAAGUUCUAACGAUUCAGUAGACUUGGAAUUACUUCGUUAUAAUCCUGACACGACCGAUAAUCUCGAUAGUCUUCCGAAAACAUCAGCUAACGGUUUUAUAACGUCAUCACCAAUUCUGACAGUUAAAAGAUCGAAUAAUCAACAAAAUACUACGAAGGCUACAGAUUUGACAAAUACAGACAGUCAUAUUUCUGAGAAAUGUGAUUCUCGGGUUUACUUAUAUAGUGAAAAGGGUAUUCCUGUGGAAAGAAUUACGGUUCGAAAUGAUGGUGGACCUUUGGGUUUAGCUAUCUGCGGAGGAUCCGAUAUUAGUUGCCUUCCGUUUGGUAACAAAGAACCAGGUAUUUUUAUAUCCAAGAUCUCCCUAGAUGGUGCAGCUCUUAAUACUGGCUUACGUAUCGGAGAUAGAGUUCUUAAAGUUAAUGGAGUCGACUUGAGGCACGCUACACAUGAUGAAGCAGUACAAGCUUUAAUCCAGCCUGUUAAAGAACUGCAAUUAGAUGUACGGAGAGAUCCUCCGCCACCAGGGUUAAGGCGUAUCACUGUGACGAAACGACCUGGAGAACGAUAUGGACUACGUGUAACAGGUGGACUUAACACUGGUGAUAGUAACGUGAUAACUAAUUUAACAUCACAUUACUCAUCACUAGCCAAUGAUGACGGAAUAUUUGUUACAUGGGUUUCACCAGAUGGUGUCAUUGCUCGAGACGGCAGAUUGAAGCCAGGUGACAGAUUAUUGGAGGUCAACGGACAUUGGUUGAUGGGAGUUACUCUUGAUGAAGUUUUGCACAUAUUUUGGGAAUCCAAAUCGACUCUGUCAUGUGUGGUAUGCGAUGGUCCAGUCGAAUUCGCUCUCCAGAUUAAUAAAACAAGCCAUUCAAUGAAUACUGAACCGUCUACAUAUUCUCCUGCUAUGCCAUUUUCUAUCAUACGCUCCACAAUGCCAGAAAUCGCUGAUGCAUCUGUCGACGAUAAUCCUACCUCUAACUCACAAUUAGAGAAAGUAAACAGCAUCCACAGAUUGAACUCAGAGGCUGCUGUGCGUCACUAGUAUCAACUAAACUGAGUGGUGGUUGGCGCGACGGCACUCGUGGUGAUAUUUAUAUAUACAUUUUCUCUCUAUUUCAUUAACUUCAACUAGACUUUGAACCAAUCUUUUAAAUGACAUAGCGAUUUACUCACGCUUGUUAUUUUGUUCCCUGUAAAGAGUUGUACAGCGCCUUAUUAAUUUUUUAUAAUUCCUUGCUCACAAUUUUAGUGAUGUAAGGACAAUUGUGUAUCUCCUUACAAUCGAUAGCACAUACUCUGUGCGCUUAUGUACUUUUUUAUGUUUAAAUUUCAAUAAAAAUGUUCCGUUUGUUUA